UUAACGGUGGCAUUUGGAAGCCGUCAAUUAUGUGGCGCUUGCGUUUUUGUGUUUGCAGCAUUUACUCGCAUGUUCUAUUUAUUGUGUAUGUGUUUGUGCACAUUUUAUAAAAUAAAAUUUAUUUAAAGAAAAUUCGUGGCUAUGUAGAGUUUGUCUAAGUGUGUAAAGUCAUUCAAAAAUAUAUACACAUGUAUAUUCAUAAUUGAAUUAAAAAACGAUAUGCAGUUAUUUAGUAUAUUUUUCGAUAAAAUGUUCCAAUAAAAACGCUCAACGAAUAUUAUUUAUUUGGAGUAUUUGUUUCAGCUUUUUAAUGUCUUCAAGCUCAAAUUCGGGAAAAAGCAUAAGUUUCAGUGAAAAACUUUAAGUUAUCCUUACAUAUUUACAUACCCUGUUACUUCUACAUAUCAACUCUACAGCUACAUACGAACAUAUCAGCCUACUAAGAGUAUCCACUCCUGCUAAACACAUACAUACAUAAAUACUUAUAAGGCAACGUCAUCACAAUCGCGUCAGCAGCAUGUCAAAGAGACUCUUCAAAUUCGUGCUAACAGUGGUUCUAAUAAUAACCGUAUUCACUGACGGCAGUGAUGGCUCAGCGGUUUUAAUAUCAGAUAAUGCCAUGUCAGUGAUGGUGGAGCUUUCAUCGCGACAUCCAUUCUGCAAAAUGCAUACGGAUCGCGGCGACAUCCAGCGCAUGCUGUUGCAAUCAGAUCCACGACGCAUCCGACAAGUGCCACGUGAAUCGGUUAUGGAACUGGAGGACGUGUGUUUGAAGUCUGGCUCUUAUGGACGCGAGUUCCGAGGUGGCUUGGGUUUCAUAUACCCCGGCACGAAAUGGUGUGGACCAGGCACCGCCGCCGUUGACUACAGUGAUUUGGGUUCACAUUUCGCAGAGGAUCGCUGCUGCCGCGAACACGACCACUGUCCGAACGUGCUCAAUGUGGGCGAAUGCCGUCGUGGGCUUUGCAAUAGCGGCACAUUUACACGUUCGCAUUGUGAUUGCGAUGCGCGACUGCGCAAAUGCUUGCAAUCGCUGAACACAGAAACAGCCAACACACUAGGCGCCAUAUUCUACAAUGUUGUGCAAGUCACCUGCUUCCAGGAACGUAGUCCCUGCUCAGCACAUCAAAGGUUCGAAGACUUCUUUUAUCGUACGAAUCGUUGUGACAUUAUGUUUCGUCAGGCGGAUCUUUAUGUGCCGCCCAAUGCGGGCAAUGUGAUACAGAAAAUAUUGACACACCCCAAUGGGUUGGCACAGAAAUUCUACCAUUAUCCGGAGCCACCCCCGGGUAAUGAGUUCUAUGGUCGUUCUCUGCGUGCAGAUACCAGCCCGACUUUGAAAGAGAACUUCGAUACGUUCACGCGCCGCUUGGGUGUAAAAGUGGCAUCUGUGGGUCUGGCCGCGGUAAAUAUUCUCCGCGAGAUUGUUCAUAGUCCCCGUGUAGUUUGGGACACUUUGAACUCACGUGUGAGUGCUGAUCUGCCAGGCGGUAAUGGACGUUAUGCGCAAGAGCGAGGUUACUAUUAUGGCAGAGCGAAUGGCGGACGGCCACCACGACCCGACUACCGCUAUAAUCGAGGAAACGAGGUGUCGCCCAAUAAUUUUUGGGAUUACUGAUUGUAGACUAAAGACUGAUUACUGUAGGGGUACUAGCUUUGGUGCUUAGGGCGAUCUUAAAGUAGCUUUAAUUGUGUGAAGUCGAUCAGACAUUUUAUUUUUAGUUAAGUCCCCAUUUUAGAAUUGUUUUACGAGUAUAAAUUUAAUUUAAGCAACGUCAGUAUUACUUAGUUUUAUUUUCAUUUUAUUUAAGUAAAUCUAAGUUAAUAAAUAUUCAAGCAAACAAA